AUGGUGGAAAACGGUGAUGUUUCGGAGGACCAGUCGAUGCACAGUCUGGGCGCACAUCCGCCCGCGCCCGUCAGACCAGGCCAAGACACCGUUCAGCAGCGGCGGCCCGCCGAGGAGAUCUCCAUCGACAACCGGCCAGUGCGUCCUUCGAGCACCGACGACCCUUCAGAAGUCUUGGCCGCGGACAGGCCGGUAGUCACGUCGUACCUGAUGUCCCUGACGGGACACAACUAUCGCAAACAACAGCCAACUCCGGCAAAGGACCCCGAGGACGAUAUUUUCGUCAUCAUUGAUGCAGCAGACAUCCCGAAAGAAGCCGUUGAUGCCGUCCGACACUCGAGUAUUGCCCAGAUGGAGGUCGGCGUCAGGCAGAGCGUGGUUCAGAAGCUUGGCAAGGUCCCGUGUUACCGUCUCACCCACCAACGAAACGACAUGAUCGUCAUUGGCUCCGUGGUUCUCUUUGUUGUUGUCAUUCUCCUGGUCGAAACUUGGGAUGCCAUGCGCGAAAGCGGAAGGUGUCUCUUUGGCCGCCACCGUCAGGGCCAGAUUCGACUGGAUACCGAGGAGUCGGCCGUCAUCGAGAAGCGUGCACUCUCCAUAAAAGCUUCAUCGACUCUCGAAGCGACGCAAUAA